GUGUUCGUGUUGAUGUUGUACAAGCCGCUACGUGGUUGUGUUCGGCACAAGUGAGAACUGUACGUUAUUGCCGUGUCGUCCACCUAAGCCGAUUAUUCGUUUCGUAUGGUUCCUUACGUUAAGUACCUGUCGUUUUCUUGUCACUGAUGUACUGUAAUUGAACCUGUCCGUUUGUCGUACCGAGCUAUUCACCAUGGGUUUUAAAUUUUUAGAAGUAAUUAAGCCGUUCUGUAGUAUACUACCGGAAAUAGCCAAACCAGAAAGAAAAAUUCAAUUCAGAGAGAAAGUAUUGUGGACAGCUAUCACUUUAUUUAUUUUUCUAGUAUGCUGUCAAAUACCUUUAUUCGGUAUUAUGAGUUCCGACUCGGCCGAUCCUUUUUACUGGAUUCGUGUGAUUUUGGCUUCCAAUCGAGGUACACUUAUGGAACUUGGAAUAUCGCCUAUUGUCACUUCAGGUCUAAUCAUGCAAUUGUUGGCUGGGGCCAAAAUCAUCGAAGUCGGUGACACUCCCAAGGACCGUGCAUUGUUCAAUGGCGCUCAAAAGUUGUUUGGAAUGGUCAUAACUGUCGGUCAAGCUAUUGUUUAUGUCAUGACUGGCAUGUACGGCGAUCCAAGUGAGAUCGGAGCCGGUGUCUGUUUGUUGAUCAUUAUUCAACUGUUUGUGGCCGGUCUCAUUGUUUUGUUGUUGGACGAGCUUUUACAGAAAGGAUACGGUCUCGGUUCGGGAAUAUCUCUUUUCAUCGCCACAAACAUUUGUGAAACGAUCGUCUGGAAGGCCUUUAGUCCCACCACAGUAAAUACUGGACGAGGAACAGAAUUCGAAGGUGCCGUAAUAGCCUUGUUCCAUCUGUUGGCCACUAGACAAGACAAAGUGAGAGCAUUGAGAGAAGCAUUCUACAGACAGAAUUUACCGAAUUUGAUGAAUUUAUUGGCUACGGUUUUAGUGUUUGCCAUCGUUAUCUAUUUCCAAGGUUUCCGUGUUGAUUUACCUAUUAAAUCGGCAAGAUACCGCGGACAAUACAGUAGCUAUCCUAUCAAAUUGUUUUACACUUCAAACAUACCCAUUAUUUUGCAGUCGGCUUUAGUAUCCAAUUUAUACGUCAUAUCUCAGAUGUUGGCUGUGAAAUUCCAUGGGAACAUAUUAGUAAAUCUGUUGGGCGUUUGGGCAGAUGUGGGCGGAGGCGGACCGGCUCGAGCUUAUCCUGUUGGCGGUCUCUGUUACUAUCUGUCGCCGCCGGAGAAUCUUUCUCAUAUUGCCGAAGACCCGAUUCACGCUAUACUGUACAUUGUUUUCAUGUUAGGAUCGUGUGCCUUCUUCUCGAAGACGUGGAUUGAAGUAUCUGGAUCAUCCGCCAAAGACGUCGCUAAACAACUGAAAGAACAACAGAUGGUUAUGCGAGGUCACAGGGACAAUUCUAUGAUCCACGAGUUGAACCGGUAUAUUCCUACUGCCGCGGCAUUCGGAGGUCUUUGUAUUGGCGCAUUGUCGGUAUUGGCUGAUUUUAUGGGUGCCAUCGGAUCGGGAACUGGUAUAUUGUUGGCCGUCACAAUCAUUUACCAGUAUUUCGAAAUAUUUGUUAAAGAGCAAAGCGAAAUGGGAGGCAUGAGUACUUUAUUGUUUUAAGACGGCUAGCUCAUCGAUUGAAGUUCAUGAACUUGUCAUUUGUUCAUCAAGUCCCUGUGGGACAAGACUGUUGUCAUAGUCCAUGCAUGACGAAAACUUCAGAAACAAUGAAAAUUAUUUUGUACAUUCAAAAUCCAAAACAAAAUUAUCAAUUAAUGACUUUCGGCAUUUCAAAUUAACAGCGUUUCAAAAUUUUCUCAACAAAAUUACCCCCAUACGACAAAUUUAUAUCUUUUUGUUAUCAUUAUUAUUAUUUUUAUUUUAUUAUUAUAAUUUUUUUUUUUUUUAUGUAAAUUAUAUAAAUGUUAGAAAAUAGGCAAAUUAUUAUUUAUAACGUUUUUUUUCUCAAAGCUAAUAUAUUAAUGGUUGCGUUCGCAACAUUUUUUUCCUAAUUUUUGUAAUGUAAAUACUUACAGUAAGUUAAUUUUCUUAGCAGUAAAAAAAAAGAUUUUAAGAAUAUUUUGAGUAAAAUAGUAUAUAUAUUUUUUUUAUACUCAAAGCCUAACGCGUGACACGUUAAAUUAUCGUCCUGCCAUUUUAUUUCUAUAAUUUAACGGUUCACGAUUGUUGUUGUUGUUGUUUAAUACAAACAAAUUUGUAUACUUUUACACCAACUUUCUUUUCUAAGGUACAGUAGAAACACGAAUUUGUCUGGUGCGUUUGCCCCUUGUUGCAAUGAUAAUAAAUAAUUAAUAAUCAUCAAA